CUCCCCUUCUUUCGCCCUCCCUUUCCCCACGAAGGACGGGCAGGGCAGGGCAGGGCGCCGGCGGCUCGCGGAGCGGAGCGGCGGACCCCCCCGGCGGCCGGAGACCGCGCCCCUCCCCGCACACGGACACGGCGCCGCCCCCCACCCCGGCAGACACCAAAGAUGCUAACAAGAAAGAUUAAGCUCUGGGACAUUAAUGCCCACAUAACCUGUCGUCUGUGCAAUGGAUACCUGAUUGAUGCUACCACUGUAACAGAAUGCUUACAUACAUUCUGUAGAAGCUGCCUGGUGAAAUAUUUGGAAGAAAACAACACUUGUCCCACAUGUAGAAUUGUUAUACAUCAGAGCCACCCUUUGCAGUAUAUUGGUCAUGACAGAACAAUGCAAGAUAUUGUUUACAAACUUGUGCCAGGCCUGCAAGAAGCGGAAAUGAAAAAGCAAAGGGAAUUUUAUCACAAGCUGGGCAUGGAAGUUCCAGGAGACAUCAAAGGGGAAACCUGUUCUGCAAAGCAGCAUCUGGAUUCUCAUCGGAAUGGUGAAACUAAAACAGAUGAAAAUUCAAACAAAGAAACUUCUGAGGAAAAACAGGAAGAAGAUAAUGACUACCACCGAAGUGAUGAACAGGUAAGCAUCUGCUUGGAAUGCAAUAGCAGCAAACUGCGUGGAUUAAAACGAAAAUGGAUUCGCUGUUCAGCACAAGCAACAGUCCUGCAUCUAAAGAAGUUCAUUGCCAAAAAACUAAACCUUUCUUCUUUUAAUGAGCUGGACAUAUUAUGCAAUGAAGAGAUUCUUGGCAAGGACCACACGCUCAAGUUUGUAGUUGUUACAAGAUGGAGAUUUAAGAAAGCACCUCUACUGCUACAUUACAGACCCAAAAUGGACUUGCUGUAAGAGACCUUUAUUGUCCUUCUGGACAGAGUUUUUUGCAGAGACUAUCAUCUGGCACCUUCUUAGUGCAUCACUAAUCACAUGAUAUGAAUCAGCCGAAUACUUUUGGAAGACUGUAGUGCUUUCAUAGCUGACUGUCCUUCUGAAUAUUUCUCCUGGGGAUGUGCUAUCUGGAUUUCUGGACAGAAAAUAUUUAUACUUAUUUUAUAUGAAAGAAAGAAAUCGAAACUCAACAAGACACUACCAGCACUAAGUUUACAGAUACUGAAAACACUUCACAGUUCCAUGUAGCUCAGCCUGACUCAUCUCUUACAGUUACACAGAAAUAAGUUAGAAUGUUGUGGGGUGAUUUUAAAAUGUUGCUUUUGACACCAAGUUGCAUUUAGUUACUUUUCACAUUCUGAAUAUUUAAAAAUAUAUUUUUGCAAAGUGUUCUUGUCUUAUAUAGUAUGCCUGAUUGCAUUGGCUUUAAUCAAGUUCUGUAGAUCAUUGAACAUAACUAAUGAUAUAGUGACUGGUGAUAUUUAUUAUGCUGCAUUGAAAACUUUUGAAAAUCUGGGAAAACAAUGGGUUUAUUUGUUGGUUUUAUCCAGUUGUUGCUCUCCCUCAGUUUCUGUUUUAGUAAAGUUUUAAUGCCCUUUUUGCAUGGUGAUUUGGUAAGAUUAACAGUAAUCUCUGCAGCUGAUUUUAAUGUGCCCUGAUAUUUUGCUGUGGCAUAUAUUGCACCACAUAACGAUAAAUACUCAAAAGUGCUAGAUUUAUGAACUUUAAAUAUAUAUAUAUAAGUAUAUAUAUAUAAAUAAGCAUUUCUUAUGUAGCUGUGGCUUGCAGAAAUCAGUUUUUACUGUAAAGAGAAUUUAUUCUCACUGGCUAAUGAAACACUGGCUCAUGGACAACAUUGGGUGAUAUUGCACAAUUUUCACUGAUUAAAAAUUCCUCAGAGAAGUAGAAGCAGCUUUAUAUUUUAGUAACAGGUUUGUAUUUUCCUCACCCGUUUUCUUGUGAAACCGUACCGUUUUCUUUAGCACAAUUACUUACUGUUCUGGGGGGUCAGACAAGAUUAUUUUUACACCUUCUGGCCUUAAUUGAUAACUGUACUUGCAUCAGCCCUAACAGGUGCAAGGUAACAUACAUGCCAUGUGUGUACACACAUAUACACACAUAUAACUGUUUAUGUUAUGGAAUGCACCCUCAUUAGCACUUAGCAGUGUUCACUGCAUUGUUUGUAAGGCCUUUUGAAAUUGUCACCUUUUUAAGAACAGAGUUGAAAGUGAUUUCUGCAAGCUGUAUACUGUAUAGCACAUGUAGUACAGAUACAAGAGCGUUCAGCUGCCAGCCUGUCGAGUUACCUAGAACUCCAAGCAUACUAUUAAAACCUGGAAACAGUUAACCCUGUAACUUUUGGAAGGGUUUUCCAAUCAGCUGAAAAUGCUAGCUGCUAUACAUACUAUUAUUUUUUAUAAACUGCCUUUGGAUAAGAAAGCAAGCUUGCUUGUAACUGCCCUGCUUUGUCUGUCUGUGCUUAUUCUUCAGCAAGAAAUUAUUAUUUAUUACUGAUAACAGGAAGCUGAUAGUGCAAGAGGUUUAUCUCAGCAUUUUAAGUCAUCUUGAGCUUUCAAAGCACCACAUUCCUUAGCAUAUCUCCUGCACUUUCAUUCUCUGGGGUCUUCAGCCCUCCUUUCUUAGCUGAGCUGCUGCAGAAGGGAUGCUCCAUUUUCUCUUUAUCUUUACAAAGAUAAAAUAUCUUUCUCAUUUUUAUUUAUAGUCACAGAUGUGAAUGGGAAGUAAAUCAAAAAGUGUACAGGCAGAGAAAGAAAGGGAGCCUACUGAAAUAUGGGGAUGUAAAGGAGAUGCAGAUGCUAAAAAGGGCUGCAAAUGUGAGGGCAAGAUGAUAGGUAAACUGAAUGCUUGCAUUAGGCCAAACUCCAUAUCCUGGCCUUCCAUGUGAGUGUGCAUGCACCUAUGAGCAAUGGAAUCGGAACUCAGCUCCAGUUUUCUUCUGCUGUUUCCAGCUCUUAUGUAUUUCAGCUUUUACCUCUGGUUAACAUGAAUUAGCAGACGAGAUCAUGAGUCUAUCUUUUUGUAAUCUUUAAUGAGAACACUGAAAGCAGGUGUUCCAAAUGCAUAUGCAGAUUGGCAUACCAGGCCCUUCUGGAACUGUUCAUGAUGUUAGCGUUCCAGCGUAAAUAAGGGACUGGCUGCAGCUAGUGAGGCAGAGUACAAAUGGGACUGUAUAUGAGCCACUCUCUACACCUGAUGUAGACAUAGAAUUAAAGCACCCAAAGAGUAUGCUGAUUAAGGUGGUUUUUGUGUGUGUAUGUGUAUGUAUGUGUGUGGAUACAUACACAUUAACCCACGCUCUUUAUGUAAAUGCAUGCUUCCUGAGUGAGAUCUGCCUACCUCAGAAGGAGUGUACUGCAGAAAGCUUUUGUACAUCCAGACUCUGAAGCAGUGCUUAUAAAGCGUGCUAGGAUUUUAGCACUUUCCACUGCAGUUGUACAGCUGAGAACUCAGCUGCAAAAAAAAGCAUAUUCAGAAGCCUUUCAAAUCUUUCUCUUGCUAUAAUAAUCUGCAGUACGAAACGUAUAUUUGGAAGUUUGUAGCUCUCUUUAGAAUCACUUGAAUAUAUAAUGGUGCUACCAGUACAUUGAAAGUUCUGUUAAUAACAAUAUAGAUAGGUAAAUUCAAGGCAGUAUUAGUACCUACAAAUGCUUUUUUUUUUUUUUUUUGAUGUUUUGUUUUCUUUGUUUGUUUCCUCAUUUGUGUGCAACUGCUUUUGCAAUGUCUUUCAUUUGAUAAAGCCUCAUCAGUAAAAAGAAAAGGAAAAAAAAAAAAAAAGAGAGAUAAAUCCCAGUUAUUUUUCUAAAUCAUAUGUCAUGGCAUCAUUGCUAUAGAUAUUCUUUCCCUCAGGAGGGGUUGGGAUUGUGUCUGGACCAUAUAUUUAUUUACUCUAGCCUUACUAGAAGACGACAAUGCAAUUGAAUUGAACUGAGAGAGAGAGGCCUCCUUUGGGUCAGAGCUCUGUUUCACUUCUGUGAAGCUUAAGAGACAGUUAAUUUAUGUCGAGAUUAUAUAGUAACCAGGGUUCUGUUCAAACUUGAACUGAAAGUUGGACUCAGCAUAGAUAUCUCUCUGUCCUAGUGAGAUCAUACUCAGUUUGUUUUGGAUUUUGUCAAAAUGGCACUACUGUGAAGUAGUUUUCACAAUUGCUUACGCUGGUAAAUAAUUGCAGUAAAGAAGUAUCUUGUUACAUUAUCCUCAGCAGCAAUGAGGCUGAUGAAUCACCCAAGCUCGGAGUCUCAUUAAAUAUAGUUUCAUUAAAAACAGAGAAAUCAGAUAGAAUAUAUGAUAUUAAAUAAGAUUUGGGGUGUUAAAAGUAAACUCUAUAAAAUUAUUUAUUCUAUUUUAAGCCUUCUGUCUUAUUUUGCCAUCCAAGUAUUUUUGGUUUCAAUGGUCCAACCUUAUGUACGGGCAUAUAAAAUGAAAUUGUAAGAUGUUUUUACAAGCUUCUUCCUUUUACAUUGAGUUUAAUUAGCUUUUGUUUGUAUGUUUUUGUUUUGUGUGGAUAAAGAACGUUACUUAUGUUUUUGUGCAAUAGGUUUGAAACAUGCAUUUAUUAGGCAUAUGUUUAAAUUGUAAAUGUAGCAUCUACUUACCGUUAAAAAGGAACGUAGAUGGAACUUUUGAUUUGUUUGAAUGGGGUUUUAUUUGGGACUGUUAUCUGGGAAGGCUGGUUUUUGAUUUGUUCUUUAUUUUAUUUUAAGAGUGAAGUGCGGGAUUUAAAUCUGUCUGAGUACAAGAACUGUCUGUCAGCAAUAUUCUAAAAUAAAUGAUCUUGCAAGAAAUCUUAAUGUGAACUGUGGAAGCAAUCGGCAAGACUUGCAGCCUAUCUGAAAAUGUUUUGUGCCAUUGUUAUGUCUGGUAUCUUUGUGUACCAUCAAAUCUGAAAAUAUUUAUUUAUUGUUUUUGGUCGUGCAAUAGUGUACACAACACUAUCAUCUCUGGGGAUAUGGGACCAUAAAAAAUAUCAGACUACAACUAUGAUGGUGCUAUUUUUUCCAAUAGGCUCUGAGCCUUUGAAAGCUUAUCUGGCUCUUUUGUCUUCAUAACGGCAUAAUUAGUUGUAGGAGAUUGAUAUAUAUAUAUAUUUUAUUAUUAUUAUUAUUUUUUUCCUUCUGGAUGGUAAAUGUAACCAUAGUGCUAGCCUGUUUUACAACAUGAUGCAUCUUACCAUUGAGCUAAAUAUAAUAGGAAAAAGCCAACCAGUCAGUACGUCAGCAGGUGAAUCUUAGUAAGCUUGUGCUCUCAACAAAACUUAAGAUGCAUUUUGUUCAGAAGGCUGGACUGUACAGAAAAAUCUAGUUUCUCUACUUCCUCAGGUGAUCGCUUCAGUUUGGAUAUUUCACUGGAGAUGCUAAUGCUUCAGCUCCUUUGCAUAAAGCUGAUGAAAGGAGAAAAAAAAAAAAUGUCCUGUACACCAGAAUCUGCACGUAAAAUAUAAUUAACUGUAACCAAGAGGUCUUGGCAUCUGUUGCUGAAGUAAAAACCUAUAGAGAGUACAUUAAGGAAGAUGGGAACAAUACUUCAAUCUCUGCUUUCAUGAAAACUUGCAGUCAGUACAAACACUCUCUAGGAACUUGCUUUCUGUGGCAAGCUAACAGUAAUAUUUUACCACGGAUUUAUGAUUUAUUUGUAUACAAAUUAAAGCUCCAGUCUUGCUGUUUAAUCCAUGUUUGAUCUGUGGAGCUUCCUGAAAGUCUUUGAAAGCCACAGUGACCUACCCAGUUGAGUGGUAAGAAGGUGGGAACUAAACGUCUGAUUCCACGAGUGCUUAUAUUGCUAACUUUGCAAAUAUCCUGAAUGAUUCUGCAGAAACCAGGGUGUUCGUUCAGGUGGUGGUAGGUGUGGCUGGAGGAUGGAGUCUUGAUUUUUAAAGGCUGGAAUGAUGUUCCAGUACUAUUAAUUUUUAUUCGGAACUGAAAGCAUAGGUUUACUAGAAUCUUGAAUUCAAGUUACUUAUUCGAAGAAAGGAGAGUUUGUUCUUUCCUUCUGCAACAAGAUUAUUUUACAGUUGAGGGACAAUAAGCCAGUGCAACCACUAAGCCUUUAUUCUCUCAUGUGGCAUAAUAAAGAUACUGAAACUGUCACAGUGUAAAACCAUAUUUUUGGCUUAGCUUCAUUUGAAAGUUUACAAUUUUUUAUGCUUUGUGUUGCUGUGUAAUUUUUGUACUAUUGGUGGCUAGUUUUGUCUGAAUAAGCCUUUUUGGAUUAUUGCUUAAUGUUUUGAUUUUAUGAUAGUGAAGCUUGUAUUCAGUGUUUUGCCAAUUAAUAUUAUAUGCUUGUUAAUAAAAGCAGAGAAACUAACUGAAA